GCACGGCGCUGUCAGUCCGCGGCGAGCGGCCGAGCGAGCGCCAUGUCUGUGUGCGCGCCGCGCGCGUGCUGCCGGCCGCGCGCCCCGCCGACUUUGCUGGACAUUACAGCAAAAAUAGUGGCCGCCGCGAUCCCGUUCCAACGCAUCGAAGAGCGGUACGAGCGCAUCCCGGAGCCGGUGCAGCGGCGCGUGGUGUACUGGUCGUUCCCGCGGGACGAGCGCGACAUCUGCAUGUACUCAUCGCUGGCGCGCGCGCCGCCCGACGACCACCGCAACAUCGCGUUCUGCCGCGGCCUGAAGCUGCUGGAGGCGGGCUGCGUGGAGAGCGUGCUGCAAGUGGGUUUCCACCUCAGCGGCGUAGUGCGAGCGCCGGCCGCCGUGCCUCCGUGCUCCGAGCCCGAGAGACUUUACAGGGUCACUGUUUCAUUUGACAGAUGCAAGAUAACAGGCGUGACGUGCAGCUGCGAGGCGCGCGACAUAUUCUGGUGCCAGCAUGUUGUCGCGCUGGCGCUCUACCGCAUCAGGAAUGCAGACUCCGUGCGGCUGCGGGUGCCCAUCUCAGAAACCCUUCUGCAGAUGGACCGCCAGCAGCUGCAGAAAUUCGUCCAGUACCUGAUCGCGGAGCACCACACGGAGGUGCUGCCAACAGCGCAGCGACUUGCAGACGAGGUGUUACAGGCGCGCUCUGCUAUCAACAGGAUAUGCGGCGCGCCCGACCCGACUGCCGGGCCUCCGCCUGACGCACACCAUGCUUGGCAUCUCGAUGAACAGCAAGUGUGCGAGCAAGUGAGGGCGUAUCUACUACAGGGGACCUACUAUAACGCGAAUAAACAAUUAAACUCCUUAUUUUCUAAGGUUCGUGAAAUGCUCAGAGCACAAGACUCAAACGGUCCACGGAUGCUGAUGCUGAUGACGGAACAGUUCCUCUCGGACCCUCGACUUCUCCUCUGGCGGAACCAGAACACGCCCAUGACGGAGAAAUGUCGCCAACUGUGGGAGCAGCUCGGCGCGCUGUGGGUCAGCAUAGUCCUGGACCCUGGCAGUAACAAGAACCACAGGAUGCAGUGGCGACAUCUGCUGGAGAAGUGGUCGGCGGUUGAAGUCUGUCCUACUGAGGAUCCGGAUUACAGGUCGUUUCCUUUGUACGCGAGAGAAAGAGAAAGAAACGAGAGAGAUCGCGACAGAGACCACAGAGACCGCGACAGAGAAAGGCAUAGAGACAGGGAGGAAAGGGACAGAGAGAGGCUGCGGGAAAGAGAAGAGAGAGACAGAUCGUUGAAUUCCAGGGAGAGGCACAGGGAGCGGCAGCGGCGCGAGAUGCACUCGCACUCCGAGAGCUCUGACGAGGAAUCUAGGCCUAACAAUUACGAGAGGGAGUACAGGAGAGCCAGUAAGAGAUUAAGACUGCACAACCAAAGGACGACGACGCAGUUGACGCCGAGGACUGUUUUCCACAAAGCGUUGGAUGCGGUGGACAUAUCGUGGGAGAACGAGCACCUGAAGAACAUCCUGAGCAGCGACGAAUACUGCGACCCUGACAAGCCGGGCAAGGCCAGCGGCUCCAGUACCACCACGCUGCAGCCGUACCCCAAGUUCAACGAGCUUGGACAGCCGCUGUGGCAUGAGCACUUGCCGGUGGUGGGCGCGCGUAUCGAGGCGCUGCGAGCGCACGGACGCGCGCCCGCCGCGCUGCGCCUCGCCGUCAGCGCCGCCAGGGCCAUGAGGCACCGACAGGAGGUGGCGCAGCAGCGGUGGGAGGAGGUGGGCGCGGGCGAGGCGUCGUCGAGCGGCGAGUCGCUGCGCGCGUGCGCCGGCUCGGAGUCGUGCGCGGGCGCGGGCGGCGCGGGCGCGUGCGGCGAGCGCGUGAAGUUGUCGCUGGUGUGCGCGCACAUGGACAGCGGCGCGUGCCUGCCCGGCGCCGCCACCUGCGCGCUCUCGCACUCGCAGCGGUGCAUCGGACGCGACAGCAGAUGUUGGAUCGGAUGGACGCUGGAGGCGAUCUGGUGCGUGUACGAGUGCCUCGCGGACGCGUGCCUCGCGCCGGACGACCAGCGCGCCUCGCCGCGACUCCACACCGCGUACCUCGACGAGGAGCCCAACACUGGACUGCCGCCACGGUACCAACAUGUGCCUGUAGCUGGCAGUAAAAACCCUGAGGAGACGUACCUGGCCCUAGCAUUAGAAGCUGCUCUGUUAGGACUUGGUGUCCAACGGAUGCUGCCCAGCGGACUAUAUGCGCAGGAGCGGUAUUGUAAACAGGAGGAGCGUCUGAUCAGCCAGCUGCAGCGCGUGGAGGGCGAGGCGGCGGGCUCGGUGUGCGGCCGCGUGGCGCGGGCGCUGCUGCUGGGCGGCCCCGCCUCCUGCCUCGGCGCCCGCGUGCAUCCCCGCGCUGCGCCUGCGCACACCUUCGCGAGAUACCUCUUCCUUACGCUGCUGCCCACCGACCCGGACCUCGCCUACCGCGUUGGAUUGCGUGCCAUGAGAUUGCCAAUGGUGGAGGAAGCGUACGCGUUAGACGCGGGUGGCGCGGGCGCAGGCGGCGCGGGAGCGGGCGCGGGCGCGUGGCACACGCUGCAGCACGCGGAGCAGCAGCAGGCGGCGCUGGCGAGCGCGUUGCUGGGCGCGGCGCGCGGCUCGGCGGCGCGGCUCCGCGCGGCGCUCGCGGCGGCGCAGCGGCACGUGCGCUCCGCCGCGCAGCUGUUCCGCCUCGCGCAGGACGCGCUGCGACACGCCGCGCCGCCCGACGCGCCGCACCACCACCGCGACCUGCUCGCCGCGGCCUUCGAACUGGGACUGCAGGUGUUGCGGAUGACGUUGUCAUCAGUGAACUGGCGGCGGCGCGAGAUGGUCCGCUGGCUGGUGACGUGCGCCACCGAGCUCGGACUAGACGCGCUGCUCUCCAUCAUGCAGAACUGGUACGAGUUAUUCACGCCUACGGAGGCGACGGGCCCGGUAGCCGCGGCGGCCAUGUCGCAUGCUACCGCGUUGCGACUCGGCCUCACCUUCGAACAACAGGAAAAGCUCAGCGCCUGCGCACGCACGCUAGCAUUGCAGUGCGCCGCCAAGGACCCGCCGGGGUGCGCGCUGUCGGCGCUGUCGGUGUGCGAGGGCAGCGCGGGCGCGUUCGAGGCGGCGUGCGCGGCGGUGGGCGGCGCGGCGGCGCGCGGUGCGCUGGCGUCGUCGCAGCUGUUCGCCGUGGCGCGCUACAUGGAGCAGCGCGGCCAGCCCGCGCGCGCCAUGCGCCUCGCCACGCUCGCCAUGCGCAACCUGCAUCUGCACUACAACCAGGACAGUCACCCAGCAAUAGCGGACAUCCAUUGGGCGGUGGCGUUAGCUCACUCACUGGGCCGCGCCGAGCUGCAGGCAAUGUUGCCGUUGUUGGUUAAAAACGUCCAGUGCGCGCCUGUUCUGUCGGACGUGCUGCGGCGGUGCUGCGUGGCGGCGGCGGGGUGCUCGCGCGCGCGGCCCCCUCCCCCGCGCCCGCCCACGCCGCUGCGCCCUCUGCUGGAGGCGGCGCUGCGCGCGUAUGCCUCCACCACGCAUGCGCGCCUCGCACACAUCUCGCCGAGACACUACGCCGACUUCGUCGACUUUCUCGGCAAGGCCCGCGACACGUUCGCGUUAGCCCACGACGGGCCGCACCAGUUCGCAGCUCUCCUGCAAGAAAUCAAACUCAAAUACAAAGGCAAGAAGAAACUCAUGUUCCUCGUCAAAGAAAGGUUUGGUUGAAAUUCGCGACAACUAUCUAAAGUAUUAAGAUAUGUAUUUAUUCUCAUUUACACCGCAGUUAAUCAUUCACUAAGGCGUUUAUUGUUUACGAAUGUAUGAAAACAUCGUUGGAAAGCUACACAAGAUGCUAAAUGUAAAAAACCGACUGUAUUGGUAAGAACAUGUUUUUCGAUACAUUGUUCGAGUUAAGUUUUCUUUUUCAAAAUUGGCGCAAUUGAAUUGUCGUUUUUGUUUAUUUCUUUGGCCUCGAUACGUGCAAUAAGUAAGCAUGUAAAUAAAGUUAUUCACACAAAUUGCGACGUCGCGAGUACAGACGGACGCGCGUACGGUAAAAUGAUUACCUCAUGAAUGGUACGUCUCGUACUGAUCGUGUACCAAACCAGUCUACUCUAAAGUAUUAUUUUUAUUUAAACGGAAAAAUAUAUAACUGACCUCGUAACGUCGUUUUUUAUAUGUAAGUAAUAAUGUGUAUUGAUCUCAAUGAUUCCAUAUGUGUACAUAGAUGUAAGUGAUGUAAAUAUUAAAGUAAGUUUAGUACUGAGAAACUAGACAAUUAAUGUAAGUAGUUGGGAUGCGGGGCGUACUGCGGUUAUCUAGAACUUUCGGAAGAUGGCAGUACGCGCCGCGCCGGUAGACACAUAGCUCGCCAUUCAUAUAGCGUCCAAUAGCAGUGGAAGAUAUUAAAUGACAUAACACCAAAGAAAUAUUAUAAGUCCAGACGUGAGUUAAGCAAUGCCAUCAUUGUUUCAGUAUUCUUGAGUAUUCAGUAUCUUUAGUUGUAUGCUGUACGUUAGUUAUUGUUUUAUUUUAUCUUCUGUAAGCCUGUUUAUCUGCUGUUUUAGGGACGCGAUACGUACGCAUUCAAUUAAAUAAAUUGAGUUCGUCUUUUUGUUUCCGAUAUUUUAAUGUGUUUUUGUUUCAUGUUAGAUCUAUAAAAAAUAAUAAAAAAAAAACAAUUUAUUUCAUUUUCUGCGUACGCUCAAUAGCUUCGUUCAAAAUGGAAGUCUCUCAUACAUUUACUGGCACUAAACACUCAAUUUUCAACAACUAUUCGAAAAUAUUAUGUUUAAACUUGCGCCGUAUGAUUCGUUGAUUCAGGCACAAAAUAUCCGUUGAUUUGUUUAGGUUAGAACGUAAAAUUUUAAUAUGAAGUGCAUUUAAAUAGAAUAUAAUAGAGGCGACAUUGGCUGGAUAGUGUUCAGAGUUAGGUGAAUCUGUAAUUAGGGAUAAAAAAGACUUGCUAUGAAUGAAUUUUGUACUGUUUGUGUGGAAGGGUUGUGCAGAUACACAAAUUCUUGCCAUUAUAAUACGAGUAAAUUUAUUCUGAAUAUGUUUACAGGAAUAAUAAUACUGUAUUGUGUUAAUAAUACUAAUACGGAUUAAGUUUUAUUACUAAUAUAUGCCUUCUAAGCCGACAAUUGAGAGAGCAAGAAUUUGAAUUUUUGUUACGCCCUUUUACGUAAGGUAUUUUGAGUUUAAAUAUUGUGCAUAAUUUUUGUAGAGUAACAAUUGACAAUAUAUUGUAACCCUGUUUCGCUCGUCUCAAUUUCAUCCGUGUUAGAUAUUAUUAACGCAAUACAAAAUACAUAAACUUUUGCCAACCCUCAAGUGUGUCAAAAAUGUAAAAAAAAUAAAAAUAAAGCAAGACAUUGCAUCUCAUACUCAGUUGGGAUAGAAUGUAAAUAUUUAUAUAAAGAUUAGUUAGUGCGACGAGAGUCCGUAGACAAACUACCAACUUCUUCCUUGCCAGAGAUUACUAAAGUACUUAGGAAGUCAUACGACAGUGCAUAGACAAACGGAUAUACAUUUGUAUGUUAAUAUAACACUGCUUUAAUGAAUACACAGUUAGAAAGCGGCGAUGCUUGGGCUGAAAUAUUUUGUUAAAAAACAAUUGUAAUUUGCAUUCCGUUAGAAAUCAUAAGUUAUUGAUAAACAUAUUUAUCCAUAACUUAAAAUAGUUCAGUCUGAACACAGCCUGUAAACAUGUAUAAAUGAUUUUUGUUACAUGAAUAAUGUUUAUUUACAAGUACGCCAAUACAAUGUCGAGCAAUAAUUUAGCCUUCGGCCGGUCUGUUGUAAUUCUGUGUGAUUGCUUUUGUGUAAAUUUUAGAAUAUUGAAUUCUAUAACAGUUAUUUUGAAACACAUGUAAUAUAUUUACAUAUUUAUAUUAUAAUCUUAUUAUAUAAUCCAGGAAUACUGUUUAUCAUAACAGUAUUCGUUCGCAAUAAUUAAUGUACAAGUGUGUUUCAAAAUAAAUGUAAAUGAUUAGACUACGACUUGCCAAAUUAAACGACAAGCAAAUAAUAUUUGACCUCAAGUGCCUUCAGGCGAGUCCAAAUUAAUAUCAGGCCGGCUCUGAUUACUUUUGUUAUAUUUUUUAUUCAGUAACAAUAUCAGUGGCUAUAAUUUGUAAUUGUGUUGUACGUUAAACGUGGACACCCUUCAGUGCUGGUAUUAAGAAGGUGAUAAUUUCAAUAUAAAUAAUUGAAAAAAUA